UUUAUGUAACUAGUUUUUUUAUUUAACACUUCUCACUCUCAUGAACAAGUCGCAGGCAAAUUGGGAAGUCUUGACGUUUACGCUGUCACCUGUGUAUUUCAACUGUUUAACGCAAAUACAACUAUAACGCUAGGCGUUGUAAAGAGUGAUUGCACAACUGAGAUUGGCACCAUGUCUGAUUUGGUGGAUGCCAAAUGCAUAACUGCACAGGGGCCAGGGAGUCCCUCAGUGCCAAGGUUUACUAUAGAGAAUCAUAAAGUAGAUGCUAGGCCUCCAGCUGACAUGUACACAUAUAAAAUGAACUACCCCAGCCUUGGACAAUGUGUCAUCAUCAACAACAAGAACUUUGACAGGAGAACAGGAAUGAGUUCUCGCAAGGGAACAGAUGUGGACGCUGGCUAUGCAAGGAAAGUGUUUGAACGUUUGGGGUACAACGUGAAAGUUGCCAAUGACCAGACUGUGCAGCAGAUCCAACAGCUGCUUUACACUGUGUCUCAUGACGACCACAGCCAGUCGGCCUCCUUUGUGUGUGUGAUGCUGAGCCAUGGAGACGAGGGUGUGUUCUAUGGCACAGAUGGAAAUGUGGAGCUCCAGAAGCUCACCAGACUCUUCAGGGGCGACCGCUGCAAAACACUGGUGGGAAAGCCCAAACUCUUCUUCAUCCAGGCGUGCCGUGGCUCUGAUCUGGACUGUGGAAUAGAGACAGACAGUGUUGCUGGUGGAAUAGAGACGGACAGCGUUGCUGCUAACUAUCCAGAGAGGGUUCCAGUGGAGGCAGACUUUCUCUAUGCUUACUCUACAGCCCCAGGCUACUACUCCUGGAGGAACACCGACAAGGGCUCCUGGUUCAUCCAGGCCCUCUGUGAGAUGUUACAAAGGUACGGCAAACAGCUGGACAUUAUGCAGAUCAUGACACGRGUCAACCACAAGGUGGCACAUGACUUCGAGGCUUCCCCCAAUGCCAACAAGCAGAUCCCUUGCAUUGUGUCUAUGUUGACCAAACAUCUCUACUUUCCACAUUGAUUGUAUAUCCUGUGGGACCAUUUUACAUAUUUGCACAGUGUGUGCUGGGGUUCUAAAGACCAGUAAAUUUUAUAUAUAGGGAUUCUCUGCACUGGACCAAAUACCACCGUGGAUAAUCACUCAAAUACUUCUGUUUGGGGAAAGUCUAAAAGCGAAAAGGUAUGAAAUGUUUACGCUUGAGGCCUAAAGGGCAUUAUGUUGGACCACAGAAUGGCUUUUUAAUGGGGAAAGGCUGGCAUUAAGUAAUGACUAUGCAAUAGCAGUACUUGCUAUUGAUUUGUUGAUCAUGUGUUUGGGAUGGAACUUGGAAUUUAAAUGCUCUGAAUUGUAGGGUAAACACAUUUUCAGAUAACAUGGAAUGAAAGUUACUCAGGCUUUGAAAGUAUAGUAAAGUUGUGCCAUGUCUCUAUAUAAAUAAUCUCUCACCUGUGAGGUGUUUUUUCAUCUUUUGCACAUUGUACAUUCAAAUAGGCUACUAUAUGAAUAAAGGAGCUUUUAUCCUUGGUAAAUUGUGUUCCCAAGAAACAACAUUUAUGUAAAUAGGAUUUCAAGAAAAAAAAUGUAAGAAAAUAUAUAAAUUUUUUGUUGA